AUGGCUCCCAAUGAAUCCCUUCAGAUUGCAGGGAUUAUUCAUUUGCUGAAGCACUUUGGAUGGACAUGGAUUGGCCUUUUAAUUCUGGAUGAUGACAGUGGAGACAAUUUUCUCCAAGCCCUGGACCCACUUCUUUCUGAGAACAGGAUCUGCUAUGCUUUUGUGGAGAGGUUUCCCAAGCAAUCAUUUUUUUCUAUGUUUCAAGGUGAGAUAGUGCAGUCUAUACAUAUUUAUUUGAAUGACCUCAAAGUCAACACAUUCAUUUUCAAUGGGGAAAGCAUCACAGCAAUGCUUCUGUUUCUGUUUAUGAGAUUUAUCGAGAACAGCCGUGGAAAAAUGUGGAUUUUGACUGCUCAAAUGGAUUUAACUUUAACCAGUCUCCAUCGGCUCUCAGAUUUGCAAAUGUUUGAUGGAGCGAUUUCCUUUGCUAUUCACUCCAAUGAACUGCCAGGGUUCGACGCAUUCCUUUGGGCCUUCAAACCAUUACAGAUGAAACAAGCUAGGCUGUUCAAAGAAUUCUGGGAACAGAGCUUCGAUUGUAUUUUUUCAGAGAACAAUCAACCAGUGGAAAGUGGUGAAGCAUGCACUGGGAGGGAAGAGCCCAAAAACCUUCCUGGGUAUUUAUUUGAAAUGACUGGCCACAGCUACAGUAUCUAUAAUGCAGUCUAUGCGGUGGCACAUGCUGUUCAUGGCAUGAACUUACAUAAGUUUAAAUACAAAAGAGUAACAGAAAGUAGAAUGGAUGAACUUCAAGAUCAAGACACCUGGAAGCUUCACUUGUUUCUUCAAGGCCUCUCAUUCAAUAAUUCACUUGGGGAAACUGUAUCCAUUGACCCUCAGGGAGAAGUGCUUUCUGGAUUUGAUAUUACAAAUUUUGUCAUUUUUCCAAAUCACUCCUACCAUAAAGUCAAAAUUGGAAAAAUUGAUCCCAAAAGUCUUGAAGAAAAUGAAUUUGUGAUUCAUGAACAUUUAAUUGUGUGGCCCAAAUAUUUCAAGCAGGUCUUGCCUCAUUCAUUGUGUAAUAAUCCCUGUCCUGCUGGCUAUCAGAAGAAAAAGAAAGAAGGAGAGAAAUUUUGCUGCUAUGACUGUGAUCCAUGUUCAGAUGGGAAGAUGUCAAAUACAUUGGACACAAUUGCCUGUUCUGAAUGUCCAGAAGAUCAAUUUCCAAGUAAGGACAAAGUUCGAUGCAUCCACAAAUCAAUAAUAUUUCUAACUUUUGAAGAACCUUUAGGGAUCAGCUUAGUUGUGAUUACUGCUUUAUUUUCAGUCAUUACCAUGUUAAUACUUGGAAUAUUUAUCAAGUAUAAAGACACUCCUGUUGUUAAAGCUAACAACAAGGACCUCACCUACACUCUCCUAAUCUCCCUUCUGCUUUGCUUCCUCUGCUCUUUUCUUUUCCUUGGAAAAGCUUCCCAACUGAUUUGCAUCCUCAGACAAACUGUCUUUGGGGUUAUUUUCUCUGUGGCCAUUUCUUCUGUGUUGGCCAAAACCAUCAUGGUCAUUGCUGCAUUCAUGGCCACCAAACCAGGUUCCGGCAUGAGAAAAUGGUUGGGGAAAAAACUGUCCAUCUUAAUUGUUCUUUUCUGCUCCUUCAUUCAAGCAAGUAUUUGUUUGGCAUGGAUGAUCACUUCUCCCCCCUUUCCAGAACUUAACAUGCAAUCCAUGACUGAAGAGAUCAUAGCAGAAUGUAAUGAAGGGUCUGUUGUGAUGUUUUAUCUUGUCUUGGCCUAUAUGGGGUUUCUGUCUUUGGUCAGCUUCAUGGUGGCUUUCCUAGCUAGGAACCUGCCAGACACAUUCAAUGAAGCCAAGUUCAUCACUUUUAGCAUGUUGAUGUUUUGCAGUGUUUGGUUGUCUUUUGUUCCAACAUAUUUGAGCACCAAAGGAAAGUAUAUGGUAGCUGUGGAGAUCUUCUCCAUCUUAACUUCCAGUGCUGGGUUAUUGGGAUGUAUCUUUUUCCCCAAAUGCUACAUUAUUUUGCUGAGACCUGAGCUGAACAACAAAGAACAACUUGUAAAAAGAAAGCAUUUCUGA